UGUUGUUUCGCAGAGUUGAUCCCAACAGUGUAAGAGCUUUUGCGCUCUACGAUGGUUUUUGAGGGUUCCAACAAGGACUCUCCGAAGACUCCUGGAAAAGGAAUUGUUUUAAAGAAGUCUCAAAAGUCUAAGUUUGAGAAGCAACGAGAGGCAGAAGUUGUCAGAAAUGCUCUCGAGCGAGGCUAUCUGCGCACUCCAACAACGAAUGAUAUUUGGGAAAGUAUCGGCGAAAAGUGCGAUCUUGAUGACGUAAACUACCUGAAUAUGAGUAGGAUAUGCCUUCAUACAGUUCAAACUAUUAACUGGUGCACGAGACUUCGAAUAUGCGUUUUGCAUUCCAACUACAUUUCUUCAUUUGAUUCUCUGUCAUCUUGUAGGGAUCUUGUUUACUUAGAUUUGCAUAAUAAUCAGAUAGCAAAACUCCCUAAUCACAAGUUUUGGGCAUCACUCAUCGAACUUAAGGUUGUUUUUCUACACAACAACAGCAUUUCUAAACUUGAUGAUGUGAACUAUAUGGCUGCAUCUCCAAGCAUUUCUAUUCUGACUCUACAUGACACUCCUCUCAGCUUGAAACCAAACUACAGACAUCAUUUGGUGAACAGUUUGUGGUCACUGAAAUCCCUGGACAAUUAUGUCAUUUCUGACGAAGAAAUCAUAGAGGAUUCAUCCUUUGGUGGUCGCUUUGCACCCCUACAAUCAAGUUUUUACUUUAACUGUUCUUGUUCUCUCACAAAGGAGAACACUUACAAAGAAGCUAUAAAAGAAGUUAACCGACUUACUGCUGAAGUGAAUGGAAUUCAGGCAAAAUAUUGCCCUGUGUUGAUAAUACAGAAAUGCAUCCGUGGACACUUGACAAGACUGAGGUUUAAGUUCAUUCAAGACACGAGAUUAUGGGCUGCAGUCUCCAUUCAGCGCUAUUACCGUCACUACAAAGGAUACACAGACGGGGGUACGCUUCCACCACCAACAUCCCCAGCCCCCAGCCGUUCCAACUCGGCCCAGACUAGCUUUGAUUACGAGGUGUAUUUGCAUGGAGUAAAACCCGGUUAUCCGAUCAGUCCCAGGACCUCCGCUGGGAGCUUUGCAAGAUGCCCACGUAGUCGUAAUGUGUCCAUUACCGUGGAACCUAUCGGAAGCAUCACUGAGGAAGGCGAAAGGAGAACAGAGGGAAGAAUUGCUACUUCCCCGGUAGAAGAUUUUGAGAUUCCAAGGAAAGACAGUUUCCCGGUCAGAAUUACUACUAGAAUUUCUUUGAACCUGAAGAAACUGGAAACUAGUACUUCUGACGUAAUUAGGGCUAAAAAGGAAGCUGUAACUAGUCACAAGAACGUGGGUGUGAUCGAUAUCAAGCUCAGAAAAAGUAUGAUUGAAAGUCGUGAGUCGAUGCGGAUCAAGUUAGCCACACGAAAUGACAUCCGAGCGAAGAGUAAGGAGCUGCAACAGGAGGAACAAAAAAUGGGAGAAAAAGAGAGAAAGAGAAAAAAGCCGGACCGAAUCGGCAAGUAUACCAAUGUACGGGUUUUCUUGGGGCGAGUUGUCGACACGCACCCGCGCACCGAAUGUGAACCAAACGACACCGAGCAUGAGCCGAAGAAACAACGAUUUCGUUUGUCGGGUCUUUGCCCCCCAAUUCUAACAAUUGACCCGCUGCGAGAAAUGCUUAUUUCUAAACAGGAGGCUGGAAGGGACGUUAGAAAGGCGGCAAGAGAAAUAGAAAAGAAAGCAAUUGAUGAACCGAAGAAAGUUGUUACUAAACGUCAAACGGUCACCACAGACCAAAGAUUAUUCAUCCGCACUCAUGGCACGAUGGGCUUGGCGUGUUUACGAGCCGUUCAGCAUGCCUACAGAGAAAGGGAGCGAGCUGAUGCUGUCUCUUCAAAAGCCGUCGCAGUGGCGCAGAUAAGAGAAGACCGCGAGCAAGCUAAAGAACGGGUCAAGAUAUUUAAACAGGAGUACAAGGAGGCAUCGCUGAGGAGGAGAGUUCGAGAUGGUGUGAGGACCGCCGAGGCUCUCAAAGAGCAGCAAGCGAAGGAAAUUAUUGAACACGAACGGCUGUCGACAGCACGAGCUGUCACUGCGGAGCAACUGAAAUCCAGACGGGCGGAUUGGGCGUUCAUAUCAGACUUCAAUUGUCAGCACACGUCCAUCUCCAACGCGUUGCAGCGCCAUGACCGCGCCUCACAGAGAGGCGAGCGUGUGCAAGAAAUUGAAGAUACCGUGCGUAAGGGAAAAGAAGUAUCACAAGAUCAACAAGCUUUGGUACGUCGAUACAUGGAACACCGGCAGUUGUUACGUCAAGCUGAGACGGCCAUGGCACGGGCUGAGCUGGAUUCGCAAUUGACACGGGAAGCCAGUCAGCGCAAGGCGGCCGCAAAGGAGCGCGUGGCACAAAUAAAGGCGCGAAAUCAGGAUACACAGGAGUUUUAUUGUCCGCCUGUGACGCAUGCCCCGGCGAGACUUCCUCCUCUGGCCGUUAUAUCGCCGGAGCAAACGGACGUCUGGAAUGAUUUGGAAAAAUUUAAAUGGACUCCGGCCAGUCACGAGCGCUGCUUUUCUGAGCCUUACGGUAGAGUGGUAUCUUCAAGAAGACAGCGGAUGUACUCACUAGAGCCCACGUAUGGCAUGGCAUGAUGUAUGAAAACAUGGAAAAUGUAAUUUGAACAAAAUGCAGUGUGUUAUUUACGUAGCUAGCUAGAGAUUCGAGUUUCUUUUUUAUUUAAAGAACACUGUACUUGAUCGAUGGGGAAGUUUAAGUACAUUCCGACAUUGCGGAUUAAAGAAAUUCUUAUUUAUUUAAACCAGAAUGUAUAAUAUAAGUAGCGAAAACUGGCUUGUUUGU